AUGUCGGCUUCCGCCGACCCCUCGCGCGAUCCUGCAAGGAUGGCAGGAGCUAUCGCUGCGCCGCCCCCGCGGCCGAACAGCCAGCCCAAGUACCCAGGGAUGCCCCCGCGGCCAGAAGAUCGCUAUGGCCGACGAGAGGAGGUGAGCAGGCCCUACCCGGGUCCAGAGUACAAUCCGGAGCGGGUAGGAUUGCGACCGGGCUACCCACACGACGAGCGGUUUCGAGUCGAGCGUGAGCGGCAGUACGAGAUGGAGCAACGACAGCAGGAGCGUCGAGAGGUGGAGAGGCGAGAGCGUGCUUACUCGGGCAGUGAGUCGGGACGACAUCCCCUUCACCAACACGACGCGCCGAAGGGACAACCGCAAUAUCGGGAUCCUCGGGAGGCUGCCAGAUGGGGUCCCAGGCAAGGUGAUCCGAGUUUCAGGGCUCCCAUGGAGCAUCAACGCGCGCCCGAAUACCCUCCGAACACAUCGGCGCCGUUUCCAGGAUCAGGGGGCCAUAUUGCGUCGCCCCCUGAUCGCUUCCCACCAAACCAUGUACCUCAGCAGCAGCAGCAGCAGCACCAACAGCAUCAGCACCAGCCCCAGGGCCAUCAACCGCCUAGUGGCCAACAGCCAUAUGAAUCAUCACCCGAGCGCGCCCGGAUGGGCCUACUACCGCAGCACCAGCAGGCACACCCGCCUUUGCACGCGCACGCUGGUCCACGCGGUAGACCCGGGGAUGAAGCACCGCCUCAAGCACCACCGCCCGGCCCCUACCAUAUGCCAGGAGACGGCCUGUACGAUGGCGCGCGACACCGAAACAGCGAGGACGCAACGGCUGGCAUGGGGCAUCAGCGCAAUCUGUUAGCCAUUCAGCAAGAGAACCGCAAGGGCCGCCUAUCGCCUCUGCCCCAAGCCGUUCAGGGCGCACAGCCACAGCAACCAAGUCCAGCUGGCGAGCCCGGUAUUAAGAACGAGUUCGGACGCAUGUUCUCUGGAAUUGGCAGCGGUGUGAGCGGACUUGGUGGUUCAAGCCCCAUAACAGGAUCCUCGGGGCCGUUCACGAGUGCUUCGCUUGCUAAGCGCGAGGACCUGGACAACGAGGCUGGCACAGAGGCUGGUAAAGGCAAAGGCAGGAGGAGGAAGCUCAAGGAUGACGAGAGUCGCGAUGAUGACAGCUCAGGACGGCUGACUCCCGGCCACAAAGCCAAGAAGGCCAAGGGUCAUCCUCAUCACCAUCAUCAUCACCACCAUCAUCACCACCGAGCGCAAGAGGAGGCCGCACAGCGAGCGAGCGCGCCCCCCAAGCAUGCCAAAGGUGGCGCGCAAGUUGACCAUGCGACCGAGCGAAACGGGCUUCCUCACCACCAUCACCACCACCACCACCACCACCACCAUCACCACGCACAGCGUAACGGGAACAAACAGGCGGCUCAGCCGACGAUGCCUCCGAUCCCGCCCAAGGUUCAGAAGAAGGUGUCCUCAAAAGAGGUCCUGGAGGCGGCCGCCAAGUUUCCUCGACAGCACAUUGGGGAUUUCAUCUACAGCUCCGAGUUGAAACCACAGCGACUGGUGCCACAACCGCAGAAUUACCGGGGUUUCGCUUCAAGACCCGCUCCGCUUCCAUGGAGCUUGAUCCAGGAAAAGGUCAAUAGUAUUUUGACGGUCAAGGUACCGAGAGUAUUUCUGUCCCGUGAAUCCCGCGAGGAGAUCACGGCGAGAGGCUACUUAUGGGGAACGAACGUGUACACGGACGACUCGGACGUGAUUGCGGCCUGCAUUCACGGUGGCUGGAUCAUGGGGGAGUGGAAUGAGGAGGUCGACAUGGCGCUGAUCGAUCCCGAGGGCGGCAAUAGGAAGAGACGCGACUUUACGCGGGAUGAGCUUCUGUCGGAGCAGCUCGUCAGCGCACCACCCGAGGCGGGGCCUAUGCCGAUACCUGCCGGGCGCGACCUUCACGUCAACGUUCUCAUACUGCCGAGGCUUACCAAGUAUACCGCUACGACGCAAUGGGGUAUCCGCAGCCGCGAGUUUGGCGGCGAGCAUGGCUCGCGACACAUCACCCACGACGGACUGAGCUUCAUGGUUCAUGGAAUACGCUGGGUGGCGAACGGAGCAGAACCCCAAGCACGACUCCGGGGCAAGGCGAGGCGCGAGCGGAUGCGGAAGGCCAUGCAGGAGACGCGUGUGACGCAACAGACCGGGCACACGGAGCGCAUCCGGAGCGAUGGGUGGAUGAAGCAGCAGUUGGAGGACAAAGAGAAGAAGACCGCCGGGGCGACGACUGGUGAGCAAGAGAACGACCGCGACAACAAUGAGGGCAACAAGGAGAAUCGAGAUGCGAGCGAGCACGCAACGCCGGCAAAGCAGUCCGGCGAGGAGGGGCAGGCGCGUAAGUCGCCCGACGUGGAGAUGAAAGAGGCGCCCGCCGACGGGUCAGCCGGGGCCAAGGACUAA